GGGGCGCGGCGGGCGGCUAGGAGCGGGGCCGCGAGCGGCAUGUCUCGCUACACCAGGCCCCCCAACACCUCCCUGUUCGUCAGGAACGUCGCAGACGCCACCAGGCCUGAGGACUUACGCCGUGAGUUUGGCCGAUAUGGCCCCAUAGUAGACGUUUAUAUCCCGCUGGACUUCUACAGUCGCCGCCCCAGAGGAUUCGCUUAUGUUCAGUUUGAAGAUGUUCGUGAUGCCGAAGAUGCACUUUACAACCUCAACAGGAAGUGGGUAUGUGGCCGGCAAAUUGAGAUACAGUUUGCGCAAGGUGACCGCAAAACACCAGGUCAAAUGAAGUCAAAAGAGCGUCACCUGUGCUCCCCGAGUGACCACAGGAGAUCCAGAAGCCCCAGCCAGAGGAGAUCUCGAAGCCGGAGUUCCUCAUGGGGAAGAGACCGGAGGCGCUCCGAUAGCCUGAAAGAGUCUCGACACAGGCGAUCCUCUUACAGUCAGUCUAAAUCUCGUUCCAAAUCACUACCCAGGCAGUCUACCUCAGCGAGGCAGUCAAGAACACCACGAAGGAAUUCUGGAUCCAGAGGACGAUCAAGAUCCAAGUCGCUACCCAAAAGGUCCAAAUCGAUGGAAAAGUCACAGUCACGCUCGCCUCAAAAGCAGACUGUCUCGGGAGCAAAGCCCAGAUCGCACGGACGGCACUGUGACUCCAUAGCAAGAUCCCCAUGCAAGUCUCCCAGAGGGUACGCCAGUUCGGGGUCGAAGACACAGACAACGAAACAUUCUCACUUCCGGUCACACUCCAGAUCCCGGAGCUACCAUCAUAAAAACAGUUGGUGAACAGCAACUUCCAGCAGAGCCACAGAGCCCUGCUCCAAGUCGUCACACCUCAUCGUGGUUAAAAUUCUUCAAGGCUUGUAGAAAUGCGAACCGGUGUUAGUUACUUCCGGCAUGUGCAAGGAAUAAAAUUGCCCUAGCUUUGGUUAAUAAAUGUUUUAUCUCGAUUUAAGGGCUCAUCCACAACUCACUCACUGUGUGCAAUGUCGCCUUUGCAUAGCCUGUACCUGGUUCACGUGGUAGUGAGGGGUACUUUCCGAAAGAUGUUGGUAAAACAGAACCAAUGCAAAAAUUCUACUUAGAUAUUAAAUACUGUCGAUAAUAUCCUUUACAAGAAUAUUUUUAUCCUAAAGCACUUUUCACAUAAAAAGUAAUCGUGACUCUGUGUAACUGAAUAGGCCAGACUUAAGCUGUUUUGACAUCAGUGGCUUUCUUGUGACUUCUGUUUAAGCCUGAGCCAAUUCCUGGUUGAUACUUGUUCAAAUUACAGCAGUCUGAAAUCUCAAAAGGUAAAACUUAAAUGAAGAUUCCACAGUCGUUUAAAAGAUAGCUAAAAGACGCUUAAAAGAGAACUCAAAGAACGUUCCGUUGUUUUUGAAUACAACAGCACAGACCAGUUGACUUGAGAUUGUUAUCCAUGUUUGUUUAAUCGGGUUACACAAAGCCAGGUGUUGGGGCAAAUGCCUGUGACCCCAGCCCUUGGGAGGGUGAGGUAGAAGGGGUAAAACCAGCAUGGACUGGGCUACAUGAGACCCUGUCUAAGGAAAAUAAAUAAAUGCUUUUUGUUUUUUGUUUUUUU